AAGAUCUCAGUAGCCCAGGCUGACCUCAAACUUGGGAUCCUCCUGCCUCAGCCUCCUGAGUAGCUGGACUUACAGGUGUGUGUUACUGCAUCUGCCACUGCUUUGUGACCUCUGUACUCACCACCCCUUGCUGCAGCCUGCAACCCCUCACCUGGGGAAGAGUAAUAUUAGCCCCAUCUGUGGCUUUGCAGGGUGCUUAAUCAAUACUUACCAUGCUUCGCGUGGCAUGGAGCCUGCACUUCCAGAGAGCAGAUGACUGUGUCUGCUGGGCCCAGGGCUGAGCUGUGUGAUCUUGGGCAAGUCACGUCCCCUCCCCUGUCAUCUCACCGGAUCACAGUGACCUGGAAGGCUCCAGCAGGCUGGCGCCGGCUACCACUCCCCAAGUGUGGGCUCCCUUUCUGUCCUCCUGGGGAAGGCGCCUGCUUUCAGGGGUCCGCGCUGCACCUACAUUGGUCGGGUCACCUCAUGGUCACCUCAUCGUGUGUCUGUGAGUGCAACAGCAGAGGGCGGGGCUGCUGCCAGGGUGCAGGCUUUUCUUUCACGAUGUCAGAGUCCUCAGGAAAACCCAGGAGGUGACAGGAGCUGGGAUCCUGCCUCCUCUGGACCCUCCCUUGUCCUCCCUAAUGGGGGGGCAGGUCAGUGAUGGUGCCCACAUCGACAGCCCUGUGGAUCACCUUCCUGUCCCCUCUGAGGCUGGAGAUGGCUGCUGGGUCCCUGUGCCACCUUGGACACUGUGCAUAGUUCUACUCUGAGUCUCCCUUUCUCUACUUGCCCAGGGAAGCCCUGACUUGGGGCUCCCACAUUUCAAAUGUUUGCAGUGUGGUAAAAGAGGAAAAAAAUUAAGUUUGGCAGCCAGCUUGGCGUUGCUACUUCUUAAUCUUGCAUGGAAGGACAUUCAGUUUACGAAGCACCCAGCACCUCCUGGCCCCUCACUUCCUAGAACCUUUGCCUUGAAAAAACCCCAGGAUGCAGCCUUAAAAUAAGGAAGGUCACUAGAUACCCAGGUGUGGUAGCAACACUGUAAUCCCAGCACCCUAGGAGGCUGAGGCAGAAGGAUCGAAAGUUGCUAGCCAAGAAGGGGAGGGACUUGUGGGGGUUUGGGCAGCAGGGCAGUGUAGAGGCCCCGCCUCCCACCUCCCUGGCCUUGGGCUCUCCAUUCCAUUCCACGCUAGCAGACGAAGCUGGAUUCUGCCUUCCAGAAAGUGUAAUGAUAGGAAGGACACGGCCACCUGCACAGCCAGGGCUUUUUUUUUUUUUUUUUUUUUUUUUUGCGGUGCUGAAGACAACCCAGGGCCUCGAACACACCAGGCCCUGCAUCUCCCAGGUGACCACGCCGGCCUCAGGACAUGCACGGGCACAGCCGGAACGGGCAGGCCCACGUGCCCCGGCGGAAACGCCGCAACCGCUUCGUGAAGAAGAACGGCCAGUGCAACGUGUACUUCGCCAACCUGAGCAACAAGUCCCAGCGCUACAUGGCGGACAUCUUCACCACCUGCGUGGACACACGCUGGCGCUACAUGCUCAUGAUAUUCUCCGCGGCCUUCCUCAUCUCCUGGCUCUUCUUUGGCCUCCUCUUCUGGUGCAUCGCAUUCUUCCACGGUGACCUAGAGGCCAGCGCGGUGGUAGCAGCCGCGGGGGGCCCAACAGGCAAUGUUGGGGCGACCCCAGCGGCCCCCAAACCCUGCAUUAUGCACGUGAAUGGCUUUCUGGGAGCCUUCCUCUUCUCCGUGGAGACGCAGACGACCAUCGGCUACGGCUUCCGGUGUGUGACAGAGGAGUGCCCGCUGGCGGUCAUCGCCGUGGUGGUCCAGUCCAUCGUGGGCUGUGUCAUCGACUCCUUCAUGAUCGGCACCAUCAUGGCCAAGAUGGCACGGCCCAAGAAACGCGCACAGACUCUGCUGUUCAGCCACCACGCGGUCAUCUCGGUGCGCGACGGCAAGCUCUGCCUGAUGUGGCGCGUGGGCAACCUGCGCAAGAGCCACAUCGUGGAGGCCCACGUGCGUGCACAACUCAUUAAGCCUUACAUGACACAGGAGGGCGAGUACCUGCCGCUGGACCAGCGGGACCUCAACGUGGGCUACGACAUCGGCCUGGACCGCAUCUUCCUGGUGUCGCCCAUCAUCAUCGUCCACGAGAUCGAUGAGGACAGCCCACUCUACGGCAUGGGCAAGGAGGAGCUGGAGUCAGAGGACUUCGAGAUCGUGGUCAUCCUGGAGGGCAUGGUGGAGGCCACAGCCAUGACCACCCAGGCCCGCAGCUCCUACUUGGCCAGCGAGAUCCUGUGGGGCCACCGCUUCGAGCCCGUGGUCUUUGAGGAGAAGAGCCACUACAAGGUGGACUACUCGCGCUUCCACAAGACCUACGAGGUGGCCGGCACGCCCUGCUGCUCGGCCCGGGAGCUGCAGGAGAGCAAGAUCACCGUGCUGCCCGCCCCGCCACCCCCGCCCAGUGCCUUUUGCUAUGAGAACGAGCUGGCCCUCAUGAGCCAGGAGGAGGAGGAGAUGGAGGAGGAGGCGGCCGCUGCGGCUGCUGUGGCCGCAGGCCUGGGCCUGGAGGCGGGCUCCAAGGAGGAGGCGGGCAUCAUCCGGAUGCUGGAGUUUGGCAGCCACCUGGAUCUGGAGCGCAUGCAGGCCACCCUCCCACUGGACAACAUCUCCUACCGCAGGGAGUCUGCCAUCUGACCUCGUCACCUCUGCAGGGUGGGAAGCCAGGACGCCUCUCCCACCCUCAGGACAGAGCUGCCCUAGCUCCGUGGACCUCCUGGAGGAAGGGGGGACAGCCAAGACUGGGGGGACCCUUCAUGCUGACUGCAGCGCCCAGGUCUGGGAAGGGCCCAGGAACUCGGCCCAAGCUCCCACCCCUACCCGCCAGUGGCUGUGGCCCCCACAGCUCCCACCCUUCCCCCACUGACACUUCAAGGACGUGCCCCUGUGCCCUCAGAACUCGGGGAAGGCGGCUGGGCUGCUGGGGGGUGGGCAUCUUGGGGUUCGGGAGGGCAAGGGGUGGGGCCGGGGAGGGGGCGGGGCGCGUUUCUCUUGCAUGACUACAGCCUUGUGCUCUCAUGACUUUCUUUUGUAAAUAUCUACAAAUGGAGUGAGCUGGAGAUGCCAGAUCCACCUCUGCCAUUUUUACCUGCAGGACAAGGGGAUGUCAUCCCUCUCUCUGCCCCCACCGUCAUGCCCAGCCCCUUCCCCUGCCCAGCUGGCUGUCCCCAGAGCCCCUUCAAAGCCAAAGCGUGGCCCCUGGAUGGUGUCGGGUUUGGGUGCAGAGGCGGAACCCCGAGAGGCAGGCUGAGGACCUGUCUCUCCCCGCCCUCCCUGCAGUCCUGCGGGCCCAGCUCAGACUGAUAAUGGAGUUUGUAACUAUCUAUUUUUAAUAAAGUACAUGGUCCGAUA